AUGGCCGACAAACGAGUCAAACAACCGUCGAACCGAUUACUCGGCAUGAAGUUCAUGCAACGAUCUUUGGAAAAGGAAAAGCAAGAAGAGCUUGAACGUGAAAGGAAACGUAUCAUUACAGAAGCCGAAUGGGUAUUAGAAUAUGAAACGGAUCAAGUACAAAAGCCAAAAAUUCGCGUGGAUUAUCAACCGAGCUAUCUGGCAUUCAAUGACACUCGACCGAAUCUAGGACGUCAAUCAUUCAAGGAAUUCAACAAGGUGGUCGAGCAAACUGAACAGGACGCAGCAGAACAAAAGGAAAAGGAAAAGCAGGAUCAACGGGAUCGAAAAGCUCAGCAACAAGAAGAUGAAUACAUGGAUACUAUGAAACAAGAUUUACGAGAGAGGAGAAAAGGAGGAAAGAAACGACGAGCUGCUGAUGAUAACAAGGGGAAAAAGAAAGCAAAGAGUGAUAAAGCACCACAAGGAUUCAUCAAACCACAAUAA